CUGGGCCAGCUGCCGCAUGCGAUGCAGCUGCCUCUUCAUCAUCUUGCGGGCGGGCUGGGGGCCGCGGGGUCACGCUGGGGGUCGAGGGCCCGGCAGCCCCCCGGCCCAGCCUGCCUCUGCCCGCGGCGCCUCUCUCGCCCCGGAUGGGUGGGCGGCGCUCUGCGCUUCCUGGGCCCGCCGCGCUCGGGCUGCCGCUCGCUCUCUCCUCCCCCGCUGGCGGCUCCGCCCCCGGCCCCCAGGUCACUCCUCUCUCCAAGUUUGUUUUCUGGCUCUUUCGCGUCUUCCGGGCCCCCCAAGGGCCCCCAGCCAAUCCGGGCGAGCGUGGGUCCGCUGGCCGCUCGGCGGUCCGCAGGUCGUGGGCGCCGCCCCCCGUCCCCGCGCCGCCCCGCCAGCCCCCAUGGCGGGAAGCAGAUCCCAGAACUUCGUGGUGACUCAGUUUACCCUGCCUCUGAUAUGGGCACAACCUACUGUGUGCAGAAUUAGGAAACCGAAGAUUCCCAAGGCAGCAGGUGCCAUUCUCCUGUCAUCUGAGAAAUCUCCAGCCUUCAUGGUGUUCUCCAUGCUGGUCAGCCCUGCCUUUGGCCCAGACCACACCGGCCUGCGCCUGUCCACAUCACGAGCUGUUCUGAAGUCCCUGAAGGCAGGGCCUGGCUUCUACCUCUGUCCCUCUUGUCUUGCCCAGGCCUGGGCCCCCAGCUCGUCUGCAGAGGGGUCAGUCCAUGUGGGCUGUAGCAGCAGCUGCUGUAAAAUCAACUGAGCCACUUAAUCAGGCCACCUGAGCUCUGGGUCUCCCAUCUCUGCCCCCUCACGUCCAACCCAAGAGCCUUUGCAGGAGAGGCAUCUGGCUCCUCCUUGUCCACCCUGGGUGGGGCAGCUCUAUCUUUUGGCCGGGUGAGGGGCACAUUUUAGGGCAUAUUUAAGCCCGAGCACACUCAGAUGUUGACUCCUGAGAAGACUGGAAGUCCUGAAGUUUGGAUCAUAGGCUCUUUCAUCAAAGGAUGUUGCCAUCAGACUUCUGGACUCAGAAGUUUAUUGGUGAAUGUCGAGAUCACAGUUUUGGAACUGCAGGUGCCUCGAAAGUGACCUCAGAGCUCAGCAGCCAAGCCCUUCUCCAAGGACUUGGCUGGGUCUCCUCCCAAGGAGGGCCUGGGUCUUGUCUGGCUCUUGCUGACUUCAGGGGCUUAGCAAUGUGCUGUAGUCACAGGAGCUCAGUGAACACAGGUGGCUUAAUGGCAAGCGAAGACGUCGCAUCAGUGAUUUCCAGCCCAAGAGACAGCAAGAACAGAGCUGAAGGGUGUGGAUGGAGCCAACUGCGGGCUCAGCGGGGCAACCUGGGGAGAGGGAGUUCCUUUCCGAGCCCGCAUCCUCCUCCGUAAUUUGAGGAUAAUAAUAGCAUCUACCUGAUGGGUUGUCGUGAGGGUUAAAUAGGUUAACAUGUAAGAUGCCUACAUCA